UUUUUUUCUUUUGGGUCUCAAAGAGAAACUUUUCGUCCUUGUUGUGGUGUUCUCUCUGGGAGACCUUGCGUUGAAAGAGCGGCCAGAGUGAUCUCUAUCUCUCCCACCCCCAAACAAAAGAAACCAAAACUUGUGUUCGGUCGUCGUUGCCUAGUCGAGGAGUCCCACUGCAAUGCAAAGCUGAAACUACCACGAAAACCUUUUCUUCUUCUUCUUCAGGUUUCCAAAUCUCUCUCUUGCUCCUUCCUCCGUAUUAGUUCUUUUUUCAAUCCCCAUGGAUGAAGAAAACAACACUCGUGUGGAAGAUGCUUAUGCUUGUGUGGAAGAAGAAGAAGAAUAUGUGUGUGGAGAUCCAAAAGUUGAUAUUCGUGUUGGAGACGAGUAUCAGGCCGAGAUACCUCAUAUGUUAUCUGAAUCCGAACGUGCAACGUAUCUUUUGAAUCCUCUAGCUUCUUCUGAUGAUGCCAUAGUUGGUGGCGGACUACUACUACUACCUGUUGACAUCAUGUGGAUAGACACCACCAAACUUAAAGACGAGGAUGAUAAUGUAGACAUGAGUGAGUCUCUCAAAUCUCUGAAAACUAAAAGAAACAAGCAAAAGAUGAUGAUGAUGAAUCUUGAAGCUGUCCCUGAGAGAUCUUCAUCCAGCUCUUGGGACGAUUUGGAGGUAGAUGCCUUUGUUCUUGGUCUGUAUACAUUCGGGAAGAACUUUACUCAGGUAAAGCAGUUCCUGGAGAGCAAAGGAACAGGACCACUACUUUCUUUUUACUACGGAAAGUUCUACAAAUCUACAAAGCACAAGAUUUGGUCAAACUCCCUUAAGAAGCGGAAAUGCAUACAAGGGAAGAAGCUCUACUCAGGUUGGAGACUACAUCAGUUGUUGUCCCGUUUGAUUCCCAGCGUUGCUGAUGAAUCUCUGAAAACAAAGCUUGUGAAUGUCUCCAAGUCACUUGCUGAAGGGAAUAAUACAUCUCUGGAAAAAUACAUCAGCGCUGUGAAGGAAAUAGUGGGUCUCCGGUGUCUUGUAGAGGCUGUAGCCAUCGGUACUAAAGAAGAUCUGACUGUCCUAACAACAGAACCUGUAAAUUCAAAGCAAUGGUUCACAGUUUCCUCCUCUGCUGCGGUGGUUCCUGCUGGUUUAGGAGUAUACAGCUCACUCACAUCUGCUGAAAUCAUCGAAAAACUGAGUGGUGGUCCCCGUCUAAGCAAGGCACGUUGCAAUGAUAUCUUCUGGGAAGCUGUGUGGCCACGUUUGCUAGCCAGAGGGUGGCACUCUGAGCAGCCCAAAGACCGUGGUAAAGACAACAACAUAGUCUACCUCAUCCCUGGGGUAAAGAAGUUUUCUAGAAGAAAACUUGUUAAACAGAAUCAUUACUUUGAUUCUAUCAGUGACAUUAUCAAAAAGGUUGUUUCCGAUCCUGAGCUUCUUGAGUUUGAUGAUGAGGCUGCAGCAGAGAUCAGACCUCCUCCCAAUGGUGGUGGAAUCAUGGAAGAGAAUCAAUCAAAACGCCGUUACCUAAGGUCUCCAGAGUCUUCUUUGAAGUUCACUGUUGUGGACACUACUAGUUUGGCUUCAGGAGGCAAGUUAUGUGCAUUUAGAGAGUUGAGGAAUCCAGAAUCUCAAUCAAAGGCUUGUCAAGGAGAUAACAAGUCUUCUUAUGUGGGUGUAGAGAAGAAGGAUGGUAAAGAAUGUAAGUGGGAAAAGAGACGAAUGAAGAAAAUGGUGGAAGAGCCUGUGAGGUUCAUGAUUGUGGAUUCAUCAGGGAUAAGGAGACGAAGACGUUUGCCUGCUAAUGAGAGUCUCUGCAAUCCAUCAUCAUCGGAGAAUGUGACUUGGGAGGAGAAUGUUCGGUCAAAGAAGAGGUCUGUCCGAAAAUCAGAAUCUGUUAACAAUCAUUCGCUUCUUAGUUCAUUUCCCUUGCCAAAACGAAGGCGGCUCAGUGCGUGUGUGAGGAAAGAUAUAGAACGUUUUGGUGAAAGUUGUGUGUCCAACUUACCAGAAGAAAUCAAGACUGACAAAUCAGAAGAAGCUGGAAACAGGAUAGAGAUUCUGAGGCUAAAGACUGAACCAAGUGAGUUAUGUUCUAUACACGAAGUCGGUUCAUCAGAAAAAGAACAAGAAGAGGAAGCAAAGCAGUUGUUGUGUUCUUCAAAGGAUCUGGAAGAGAAACGGAUUCAACUUCCUUCCAUGUCAGGCUCAGACAAGAUGAAAUCUCCUUCCACUGAUCAUGGAGCGACUCAAGAAACUGCUUCAAUAAAACAAGAAGAAGAAGAAGAAGAGCAAAACCAACAGAUAAAGUCAGAUCCUCCGAGAAGACAAAGCACAAGAAAGAGGCCAUUGACGACUCGUGCUCUGGAAGCUCUUGAAUCAGGUUUUUAUACAGCAAAGACCUUGAAAAGUAGACCUAAACCGAUAAAACGUGAAAGGUCUGCAAGGAUCAAGCACUCAGCCAAUGCGAGUAACAGAGCUCAAGGCGAGUCAGACAAUGGUUUUCUUGUGAAGGAAAGUACAUCAAGUAAACCGCUGGAACGAGCAGAGUGUACGGAACCGAGAUUUCUUGCGGAUAAAGCAACAACAGCGAGUAAGCCUGUGGAUCAAACAGAGGAUUCUGACAAUGUGACAACAGAGUUUCCUAAACGUCCUCCUAUUCUCUUGAAGCUUCCCUUCAAGCGAAGCUGAAGUAGAGGCAUUCAUCAUUUUUGGGAUUAUACCUCAUCUUAGACCUUUCAACUUUCUGAAGAAAUGUGUACAGAAAAACAAAAAAAAAAACUCUUUCUGCUUUUUCCUUUUUUCUUUUGUUUUUGCUUGGUAAAACUCUUUAAGACAUAUUCAUGGCCUGAUAUUUUAUUCUUUUGAAAUCG